CAUUUGAAACAGCUAGAUACGUUUCUGCGACGAUUGCUAUCUACCUGGUUCUCUCCAGGGCUACUCGAAGUGCAACGUAUUACCUACGAUGGAACACCUGCAUCGAUAAUUGAACAAAUUGUUCGUCAAGAGGCAGUUCAUCCCGUCAAGAAUUUAGAUGAUUUGCGCACUCGAUUUGGUCCCGACAGGCGAGUUUACGCCCUCUUUCAUGUUCUGCUCCCGGAACGUCCUCUCGUUGUAUUGCAUACAUCUUUACAACCAGAAAUACCCGCAUACAUGAAUCAGGUCUACAACGAAGGUUCCUUGCGUAGUGAUGCAAGGGUCGCUGCCUUCUAUUCCAUUUCAAAUCUGCAAGCUGGGCUAUCUGGAGUCGGCCUGGGAGAACACCUUAUUAAAACAGCGGUCCAUCGUCUGCAGGGUCGUAUUGGCCUCGACACGUUCGUGACAUUGUCUCCAGUUCCACGCUUUCGGAAAUGGCUGGAAGAACGUGUCCAGCACGUCACUGGCAAAUUCGCAUCCAACGAUCUUGUCGUAGGCGAAGAUUUGGCAAAGCUUUCCCACUUUUUGCAAUGUCGUGAAGAUGAGGCAGUCUCGCGUAUGGUAGAAACAUUGCGUCAAGAAGGUCCUUCCUGUUUGGAUGACAAUGCAGUUGAGGUUGAGAAUCUCGUCGCCCCGCUCUUACGCGGCACUCUUGCCAAACUUGCGGCUCGCUAUUUGGUGACGGAAACGCACCGCCGUAAACCUCUCGACGGUGUCGCCCGCUUUCAUGUAGGUAACGGCGCAAUUUUACACCGCAUCAACGUCAAUGCCGACACAAGCCGUAAGGGGUGGCACAACAGUUUCGGUAUAAUGGUGAACUAUCGCUACGAUCUGGAGCAGUUGCCAACGAACGUCACACAAUACGAGGCCGAAUAUCGGAUCCCUUUGGGAGAGGAUGUUCAAGCAUUGCUUGAUGAGUCCUUGCCUCCUUCGUUUGCUUAG